AUGUCCGCUCCCGACCAAGACCAGUCACAACCCACGCAAUCGAUAAAGGAAUCAUCAUCACAGAUCCAAUCGCAAGACCACGCCGUCCAACACCAACCCGAGACCGAAUCGCAUCCCGGCGCCGGCGCAUCGUCAACAUCAACAACACCAGCACCAGGAGCAACCUCACCAACGACAGCGCAAGCGUUGCAACAACCACAAGAACCAUCACAGCAAGCGCAAGAAACACUACCACAACAACCGCCCGCCUCACCUCCCCUCCCCCAAAAACACACCCCCGCGACCCCCGGCCCCCGCGCGGGACGCUUCAUCCAGCUCUACGACGGCGCCCUCGCCAGCACCCUCCGCAAAGUAAACUACGACAAUUUCGCCUCGUGCUUCCCCACCGUUGCCGCCCACGCGCCGAAUACCCUGCGCAACGUUCAGAAGCAAAUGGUGGAUUACCUCGAGGAGAGAUGUAACAAAGACUUUCAAUCGAUCCUCGCCGACCGCGACGUCAUCCGCAAACUAAACGAGUUAGAAAACCUCGUCAGCGACGCAGACCGCAGGAGACAAGAAGGCGGCAGCGACGUCGAAGAACCAAUCCCGACUAACACCAGUUACAACAGCCCACACGUCCUCCCCCCCGACGAAAUCCUAACGGCCCACCUCGCCCCGCGCCUCGCCCCGCAACAAUCGACCCUCAAUGCCCGCCUCCAAAAUACCCAGGCCUCCAACGAAUCCCUCUUCGCCUCCAUCCACUCUCAGCGCGCAGAGAUCGAUGCUCUCUUAGCCCAGCUCGAGAGCCAGGUCGCCGAUAUCGACGGUGCCAACGCGUUGCUCGUGGACGUUGCGCCCGAGCUGGCGGCCGAGGCGCGGGCUUCCGAGGUGGAGAUGGCGGGUAUGUGA